GUAAGAUAGUUCGUCUUGAGGUGACUUUGAGCCGCCCGGAGCCCCACCUCACUCCUAUAUCUUCGCCGACAUACAAGAUGGGCUGGUAGAAACAUGCUGCGUAGCUUCUCCAAAUGUUACGACCGGAAUUAAAGAGACGAUCAUCACAGACUGCAACAAAUCUGGAGUAUGGAAGAUUUUACUGUUGGACCCCUUCACCACCAAGCUGCUCUCAACAUGCUGCAAAAUGUCCGAUCUGAUGGCAGAAAAAAUCACAAUUGUGGAGGACCUGUACAAAAUCAGAGAGCCUGUUCCAGAAAUGAAGGCCAUUUAUUUCAUGACACCAACCUCCAAGAGUGUUGAUGCCUUCAUAUCUGACUUCAAGACUAAAGCCAAAUACAAAGCAGCUUACGUGUAUUUUACAGACUACUGCUCUGAUGACCUGUUCAACAAGAUGAAGCUUUACUGUGCAAAGCACAUUCGUGUUUGCAAGGAACUAAACAUCUCUUUCAUGCCACAAGAGGCGCAGGUGUUCACGUGUGAUAAUCCAGAGGCUUUCUAUAGCAUCUACAGUCCUCAUAGUUCAGACAAAAGGAAGACACUAGAGACACUUGCGGAGCAGCUCGUGACUCUCUGCGCGACACUGGAUGAGUACCCGGGGGUCAGAUACAAGAGAGACGGCAACAUGGAGAACGCCAAAACUCUGGCUGAGAUGGUUGACACCAGGUUGGCCCGACACUACGAGCUGGACGACAGCGGUAAGAAGAAGGAAAAGACUCAAGCCCAGCUGCUGAUAGUGGAGAGAGGUUUUGACCCAGUCAGCCCCAUCCUCCAUGAACUCACCUACCAGGCCAUGGCCUAUGACCUCACUCCUAUCAAGAACGACAUCUACACGUACAAGUCCAAAGAUGGCUCAGAGAAGCAGGCCCAGCUGAAUGAUGAUGACAUGCUGUGGGUGAAGCUCAGGCACAAACACAUUGCCGAGGUCUCAGAACAGCUCCCCAAGAUGGUGAAGGAAAUAGCAGCCAGUAAGAAGCAGCCAGAUGGGAAGAUCUCAAUUAGCAAUUUGUCUCAGUUGAUGAAGAAGAUGCCUUCCUUUCGUAAACAGCUGAAUGAGAAAACUGUCCAUCUGCAGUUGGCUGAAGACUGCAUGAAGGCAUUCUCGGACAACGUGGAAAAAAUCUGCAAAGCUGAACAGGACCUGGCCGUAGGAUCUGACGCUGAUGGGAUGAAGGUGAAGGAUCCCAUGAGGACUCUGCUGCCUGUGCUGCUCCACCCGUACUCCAAAUACGACAAGAUCAGAGCUGUGCUGCUCUACAUCUUCAGCCUUAAUGGAACAACAGACGAGAACUUGAGCAAACUCAUCCAGCAUGUUAAGAUUGAAGACGAACGAGAGUUUAUCCAAAACUGGAAAGAAUUGGGAGUCCCAAUCAUCACAUCGUCUUUUUCCAUCUCGCGCAAAGUGCCAAGACGGGAUCAUUCCCAAGAGGAGAGAUACAACUUGUCCAGAUGGAUUCCAGUCAUAAAAGACGUGAUGGAGGAUGCCAUUGAGAACAAACUGGACACUAAAGACUGGCCGCAUCAGUCUCAGUGUCCUGCUGCCUGGAACGGCUCCGGUGCUGUCAGCGCUCGCCAGAAGCACAAACCCAGCUCUCAGGAUGAGCGCCGGUCUGGCUCUCGCCUCAUCAUCUUUAUUAUCGGAGGAAUCGCCUACUCUGAGAUGCGCUCUGCCUACGAGGUCACCCAGGCUGUCAAAUCCUGUGAGGUCAUUAUAGGGUCUUCUCACAUUUUAACCCCCACUGGUCUUCUGGAUGACAUUAAAGCUCUGAGCAAACGUCCAAUGGAAAGUUUUUCAAUAGAGGAAAGAAGCAACGCCUGAAGAAGAUUAGCCGUCUGUGUUCCUACAUCUCACAUAGCUCUGCACACUGCACUCAGCUUCCCAAAUGCAAUACUGAAGGGAAUUUACCCUUCGCCUGUAUUUGUUUUCUGAUCAUCACUCAACAUUUAAUGUAGUAGACAUGAGGACAUACUAUGUUUUAACAUGCUCGUUAGAAUUUGCUGAAUUUUAGUUCAAAUUGCUAACAAAAAGACCUCAUUGAGAUUAUGUAUAACUUUAUAAUAAAAAGUCAGACUUGCCCUCUUCCUAAUAAAAGCCUUUCUGAUGGCCUUUCUCCUGAAGAACGGAUGCUGUUAAUGUUACAAAUGAAAAAGUUGAGACAGGACAGUAGUUGUAAAAACCACAACAGUAAUGUAUAUACAGUUUCAUAUGCACUGCUAUGCUGUUUCCACUCUUCACUAUUGUUUAUUCUCUCAUGACUAUUGAAUAGUGUUUUAACUAAGUAUUUACUUUUUUUAUUUGAAUAAUUCACUCAUAAUAAACUAAUAAAGUGGUUCAAAUAAUUA